AUGAAUGAAGGGAGGUCCAAGAGGACUCAUAAUGACACCGGGAGCAGCACACCAAAAAGGCUGAAAUCCGGUGAUAACCUAGCUCCUAGACGGACUAAAGAGGAUUUAAGGGAUUACCUUCAGAGGAAGCGACAAGAUGCCAAGGCAUUGCCAAAAAGUAUGGAAGAGCUUAUGGUCAGAAUUGAGAAAUGUGCGAGAGCAGAGAAAGACACGCUAGGGACAAAGGCGUCAAAGCAAGAGAAGAGGAACGGCUCGCCGAAGCGAGGCCGAGCCAAUACAAGUUUCAAUAGACAAGAAACAGAAUUAAGGGCUGUACAGACAGUCACCACAGUGUUCCGGAUCCCAAUUUACAAAGUCCUGGAAAGGAUCAGGAAUCAGCCUUACUAUAGAGCUUUAGAAAAGAUCCCUGACGAAUUUUUGGGAAGAAGCCUGGGGAAGCACUGUGCCUACCACAAUGAGGAUGGGCACCUGACUCAGGGAUACAGAGCUCUAAAGACACAUCUGGAAGACCUAGUAAGACAGGGUUACUUAAUGGACCUGGUAGAUGAGGCCAGAACAAGGGAAGAGUAA